AUGACACGACGUCGAAAAUUUCAAAAACCAAUAUCUUAUCCAUCCGUAUCAUCAACCGAUGAGAUUCAAAAGCGACCUUCGCGAAAGCGCCGUCGACGCCGCCACCGUCGGUAUCGAAAUCGGCAAAGUCGUUCCAUGAAUAUGACAACUGAAGUCGCCAUCAAUGCAUUGAAUAUGCUACAAAUCUCCACCGAACCAUUGGAAUUCAUUGAACGGGAUGAAUUAACACGAUAUCAUGCUCUAAAGAUGCCAAUGAAACAACAACCGGUUGUUUUCUUGGUUAAUCAGCAAAAUAUUUCUAUCGAUGACGAUCAUCUUUCGAGUUAUGCGUGA